UCUUGAGUCUGAAAUAAAGGCUUUUGUAGUAGCUGACAGCUGCACCCGAUGCUUGCUACAGUCUGGCUUGAAGUCGUGUGCAUGCUUGCAAAUAAAUACUGGUUUUCUUCAACUCUUUGCAGAAAUGGCUCAAGAAGAGAUGCAAGUUGAUCUGCAACCUGUGGCUGGUUACCCUGUGGAGAACCUCAGGACGCUUCCCACAGAGCCCUCUGCUCCCGCAGCACCUUCGUCCAGCGCUCCGGUGCUUGGUGAGGGAGGUGGCAGCAGUACGGUUCUUCCUGCUGAUGACGCUGUUGUCACAGCGAAUGGUGGCACAAGGGCGGCAGCUGCUGAGCCUGACCCGCAGCCGAGUCCUGCUGCGCCUCGGGGCAGGCUGCGAAGGCAGCUAGGGGUAUUUGAUCUGCAUGAGCUGCUGUGGGUGCCGCAGCAUCCGCGAGUGAGAAGAGUUAACAGGCAGCAGAGGAUUGGUGGUUCCCAGAGGACAGUCAGUGCCAGGGCAGCAUUGGACCGCUACUUUCAAGUCAGCAGGACCCAGGAGCCAGCUACAGGACAAGUUCUGCGCCUGGAGCCCUUGCCUAUCAUGAGAGACAACCAGGAACACAGCUCUGAUGAAACAGUAGAACUGAGCGACUCCGACAGCAGCACUUCUGAGGAGGAAGAGGAAGCGGUGGAGGCUGCAGCACCACUGUUACCAUCAGCCCAGGAGAUGCCUCCAGCAGCGAGCUCAGGAGUUUCCAGUCUGAUCCAGGCAGAGCUGCCUCAAGCUUUGUCUCAAGCUUCUGCAGAACGUGGAAGUAAUGAAGAUGAAGAGGCUGAGGUCCAGGAAAAGCAGAGGACUCCAGUAAAGAAACUGGAGCCACCAGUUUGUGUUGCGCCACGAGAGGAGGAGGAAGGGGAUACCUGUACUAUCUGCUUUGAGCAGUGGACCAACACCGGGAACCACCGUCUCUCAGCGCUGCGGUGCGGACACCUGUUUGGUUACACGUGCAUUGAAAGGUGGCUGAAGGGACAGGCAGGGAAAUGCCCCCAGUGCAAUAAGAAGGCAAAACGUUCUGACAUUGUGAUCCUGUAUGCUUGCAAUUUGAAAGCGCUGGAUACGAGUGAGCAGGAACGCAUGAAAAGUUCUUUAGCAAAGGAGCAAAUGUUGCGGAGACAGGCAGAGCUGGAAUCUGCACAGAGCCGUCUCCAGUUGCAGGUUUUGACCGACGAAUGCAGCAAACUCCGCAAGCAAGUUCAGGAGCUGAAGGCUUUGGUAACCCAGCACAAUGUGAGUGCUUCUCAGCAACCUGGCAGCUCCUGCAUCUGCCUCCCCAGCAGCCUGCCCUCCAGCCAGAGCCAGCGCAAGUACCACUUGGAAAAGGUUUUUGUGGUGUCUCAGACUGGGAACUGUCGAGUAAUGGCAUACUGUGACUCGCUGAGUUGUCUUGUGGUAUCACAGCCUUCUCCCCAGUCUACUUUUAUUCCUGGUUGUGGUGUUAAGAUGAUGAGUGUGGCCAACCUGAAGAGCAGUCAGUACAUCCCCAUCCAUACUAAACAGAUUCGGGGACUGGCUUUUGGCAAUAGAGCAGAUGGCUUGCUGCUCUCUGCUGCUCUGGACAACACUCUCAAACUUACCAGCUUGGCAACAAAUACUGUGGUGCAGACAUACAAUACUGGCCGUCCUGUCUGGAGCUGCUGCUGGUGUCUCGAUGAUACAAACUACAUCUACGCUGGCUUGGUCAAUGGCUCUAUCAUGGUAUAUGAUUUGAGAGACACAAACUCUCAUGUCCAGGAACUAGUCCCUCAGAAGUCCAGAUGCCCUAUGGUAUCGCUGUCCUAUCUGCCCCGGAUGGCCUCAGCAUCGCUGCCUUGUGGUGGAAUAUUAGCCGGGAGCUUGGAAGGAGCCUGCUUUUGGGAACGGAAAGCUGGCAACACCUACCGGCCUCAUCACCUGCCACUGGAGCCUGGGGGAUGCAUCGACAUUCAAACAGAGAUCACCACACGGCACUGCCUUGCAACAUACAGGCCUAGUAAAAAUAACCCAUGUGUGCAUUGUGCCGUGAUGGAACUGACUUGCAGCCCGCUGACAGAGGCCUCUGAAGAUGUGGUGUGUUCUUCUAACCUGGUUCAGACUUUGAGUGCUGGGCCCACCUGCAAGUUGCUGACCAAGAAUGCCAUUUUUCAGAGUCCUGAGGAGGAUGGCAGCGUCUUUGUGUGUGCCGGUAAUGAGGCAUCCAAUUCUGCCCUGCUAUGGGAUGCUGGAAGCGGCUCCUUGCUGCAGAAGCUGCAGGCUGACCUGCCUGUGCUGGAUAUCUGCCCCUUGGAAGUGAACCAAACCCACCUCCUGGCUACUCUGACUGAGAAGACGGUGAAGAUCUACAAGUGGCAGUGAGAGUGGUCCCCUUCACUUGCCACAGAGAGGCUUUCCAAACAUGCUGCUGAUUAACCCUACGUGACUGCUUGGCCCCAGACUGCUGUCUUGCACGUGGUGUGUAUAGGAGACAUGAACCACUACAGCAGAUUUCUGGCAGUAGGCAGGAGCUGGGAUGGGCUGAUGCCUGGAGCAAUUUGUUCUUGCUCCAUCUUUCUCUUUAGGCCUGCCCUUAUUUCUUCUUUGGUCAGUUUUCUUCAGUCAAACUCUGCAAGCUGUCUCAGCACAGCAGUAAUUCUUGGACUGUCUCCAGCGUGUCUUGCUGCUUAUUUUCCAGUGUUAGUAUGGCACAGGGACUUGCAGAUCUCUUCUAGGAUUCAAGGAACUAAGAGGAACUUGAAGACCUGAGACUCCCACUGCGCUUUCUUGUGGAGUCCUGCUGUGAUUACUGGGUGAUGAAAAGGUGGCGAUAUUGGCAUCUCGCUAGUGUUGCUGAUACUCAGUGUGAAAGCAAGUUCGCUGCUAUAAGGAACACACUCCCAUGUUCUUGUGAAGUUCUAGGGUUAGUUGGAAGUUAUUCCCUAAUGAGGGCAGACCUUGUUUUGUGGCCACGGAGAGAACAGGCUGGGAAAACCUACAGAGAACCUUUAUCUUUUGUGUGUAGGUGGGUUUUUUUUUUUUCCCCCAUGAGCAUAUAAUUUGCACUUAAUUCCUUACUACUUUGCCCCCAUUUCCUUUCCUUUCUCUUUUCUCUGCUUUACCUGCAAGCAAACUUGGAUGUUUUGGCUGUGGAAAAUGAAACUGGAGAAGCAGAAGUAAAGAGGAGGGAGAUGAUUCUUGUACUGUUGACUGCUGCAGUUCCGUGGUGCCCUUCCUUAAAGACAGCAACAUACUGAAACAG